AUGGCGGCUAGAAGCCGAAUUCAUGCGUUGAUCAAAUCUCAAGGAACCGCCAACAGUUUCCUUGUUCCUUUAAAUUCCCAGUUAAGUCCUCUUAAAUCUUCAUCCAGCGGUCUCCAUUGCCACUCUGGAUGUACGGAUCAUGAAUACUCUGAUAAUGCCGAGAGCACCUUUUAUUACUUGAUACAUCAUCAACGGCCUCUCCCAUCUGUUAUAAAGUUUAAUAACUCGUUGCAUAUUGUUACCAAGUUGAAAUACUAUUCUUCUGUCUUUGAUAUGUUCGAUCGAAUGUGUCAUGUUGGUCUUCCUGUUGACGAGCACACGAUAGGUAUUGUCACCAAGUGCUAUUCUGGAUUGUAUGAAACUGAAAAAGUUUUCAUGCUUUUAGGCUUUUGCUUCAGGAGAGAUAUUCAACUUUCUCUCGAUACUUAUAAUACUAUAUUAAGUGAAUUAAUCCAAGGAGAUGCCACUGAGGAGGCAGAAAAGUCAUUCAAAAAGUUCAUCAAAAACAAACUCUUCGAACCCAAUAAAUCCACGUACAACACGAUGAUUAAGGGUCUUUGCAAGAUCGGAAAUCACUUUAAAGCCAUUGCUUUGCUUAGGCUAAUGGAUGGAAGAGGUUUUAAUAAUAAUUUGGUUGCGUAUAACACCAUCAUUACUAGUCUUUGCAAAGACAUGAUGAUAUAUGAUGCUUUCACACUCUUCGAAGAAAUGAAAUUUCGCAGAGGGAUCCGUCCUAAUGUCUUCACAUACAACUCUUUGCUUUAUGCCCUUUCUAUGUCUAGUCGUUGGAAGGAGGUCUGUCGGAUUUUAAAAGAAAUGCACGAUGAAAAGAUCAUUAUACAUUGGACAACCUUUAAUCUAUUAAUUAAAGCACUCUGCAAACAGGGCAAGAUGCAAGAAGCAGAGAUUGUUGACUCCAUAAUGGUUUAUAUUGCUGAUCCGUACUGUUAUCGUAACGUAGAGACAUACACUUCACUUAUUGAUGGUUAUUGUUUGAAUGGCGAGUUGAACAGGGCAAUGUCAACUCUGGAAUCCAUGGAGCGUGACCGCCUCAAUCCUACUCUUCAUAUUUAUAACAUUUUACUGGAUAGCUUUACCAGUUUAGAUGACAUGAACUUCUGGUCAUAUAAGUGUGACCUUGAUUAUAUGUAUGGUAAGGCCGGUUGGAAAAUCAGUGGAAAUAGUGUCACUCGAGACAUCUGGUAUAGGGAACGAAUGGAAAAACCUUCUGAUGAGAUGAAACUGCUGAUGCAGGAUCAAAAAUAUUCCCUUCACAUAUUAUCUUUAAUGGAUCAUUGCCAAAAGUAUGAAGUGGACGCUGCACUCGAUUUGUUUUACUUUAUGGAUGGCAAAGAACUAAAUUCAAACGUUGACGUGUACAAUAUCCUCAUUGAUGGUGCAAGGAUUUGUGGGAGGUUUGAUAUUUCAAGGAGCCUUUUCCAUGACCUCUUUGUUAAAGGUUUGAAACCUAAUCUAGAUACAUAUGUGUUGAUGAUUUGA